AAAAUCAAAACUGACUUUAAAUUUUAGUAAUCAAAACUCACAUUCAGUUAUUGACUGAACUCCAAGAUUCUCUCAUGAAACUCUAUAAAUAUCUGCUCAACCAGUUAUUUUUCACUUGUUAGAAAUUCAAAAAGAAACUAGUGAUAAAAGCUCUUUCUCUAACUAAUCUUCUUCUGCAUGUUACACGUAAAUCAAAAACUGAUAUAGAGAAAAAGAAAAGAAACAUGAGUGUGGAUCAUAUGAGAGAGCCAUUGUUGAAGAAGAAUCGCCAUUACUAUCAGGAUUGUCCUGGUUGUAAAGUUGAACGAGCAAAAGAGCUUAAUCAAGGUGUAUCUGUUACAAAUCUUCUCAUCAUUUGGAUGGUGGUGUUAUCUUCAACACUUCCUGCAUCAUCACUCUUUCCAUUCCUGUAUUUCAUGAUUAGGGAUUUUAAAAUUGCGAAAUCUGAGGCUGAUAUUAGUUAUUAUGCUGGUUAUGUAGGAUCAUCAUUCAUGCUUGGAAGAACUUUAACAUCUGUAUUAUGGGGAAUGGUUUCUGAUCGAUAUGGUCGAAAACCUGUCAUGGUUAUCGGCGUUUUUGCAGUUGUCAUUUUCAACACGCUAUUUGGCAUUAGUACGAGUUUUUGGAUGGCGGUUAUCACAAGAUUUCUUCUCGGAUGUUUGAAUGGUGCAAUUGGACCGACGAAGGCUUAUGCUACUGAAAUUUUUCGAGAAGAACAUCAAGCUCUUGGACUCUCAACGGUGAGUGUAGCUUGGGGAACAGGUUUAAUCAUUGGACCAGCAUUGGGAGGCUAUUUGGCUCAGCCAGCUGAGAAAUACCCACAUAUAUUUCCAAAGGGUUCCUUUUGGGAUAAGUAUCCUUACUCCUUGCCAAGCUUUAUAAUAUCUGCGGUUUCAUUGAUAGUAGUUAUUGCCUGCUUGUGGAUUCCGGAAACACUUCACAAGCACAACGGUAACAAUGUGUCCACAGAUGAUGCUGAAGCUUUAGAAAACGGAAGCAACAAUGUUGACAAAGAAAAAACAGUCCAGAAGAAUGAAAGCCUCUUCAUGAAUUGGCCCUUAAUGUCAUCUAUAAUUGCUUACUGUGUCUUCUCACUUCAUGAUAUUGCUUAUCAAGAGGUUUUCUCUUUGUGGUGUGUUAGUCCUCCAAGUCUAGGAGGUAUGAACUUCUCAACUGAUGAUGUUGGUAAUGUUCUUGCAAUUUCAGGUCUAGCACUUGUGAUCUACCAACUAACCCUAUACCAGUAUAUGGAAAAAGCUUGUGGACCUGUUGGAAUCGCCAGAAUCACAGGGAUAUUUUCAAUACCACUUUUGCAAAGUUACCCCUUUAUAGCAAUGUUGUCAGGCAUAACAUUAUACAUAUUCAUUAGUAUUGCUUCCAUCCUCAAGAAUAUUAUAGCUGUGACAAUUACAACAAGUUUAUUCCUUAUACAAAAUAGAGCAGUGGAACAAGACCAAAGAGGGGCAGCUAAUGGUAUAUCUAUGACAGCUAUGUCUCUAUUCAAAGCUAUUGGACCUGCCGCAGGUGGUACAAUACUAACUUGGUCACAAAAGCGCACUGAUGCUUCUUUUCUCCCAGGCAGCCAUGUGGUAUUUUUCUUUUUGAAUGUGGUUGAAGGAAUUGGAAUACUUAUGAUGUUCAAACCAUUCCUUGGUGAAAAGAAGAAAACACUUUCAGAUCAGUUACAUUGAUAGUAGACAACUUUGCUAGAGUUAUGCAAUCUCAAUGGGUCAUUAUUGAGGACACUGAUGGCAUUUAAAUGCAUCAUUAGUCUUGUUCUUCGUUUCUAAAUUGUUAGUAGCAAUUAAAUGUAUAAAAGCAAGUGAAAAGAAUUGCAUAAGAAUGAAAAUAAAAAGGAAAACAAUAGAAGGAUAGUUGUAACUUGUAAGGAAAUAGAAAAGCUGGAGUUUGUGAUUCUCUUUUGGAAUCAUGAUUCUCAAGCUGAAAGUGACAUCACUAUAAAAUCUUCAUUGCCUUUCUGGUUUUCUA